AUGGGGGGGAUGGCACACACCUGCUGCCUACACUGGGCAGCGACGCUGCUCGUCGCCACAGCAGCAGCAGCAGCAGCAGCAACAACAACAACAGCAGCUGCAGCUGCAGCAGCCGCAUCAGCAGCAGGGGCAGCAGCCGCAGCUGCACCUUCUGCACCUGAGAUCGGUGUGGCGGAUGACCAGCCGUGCAGCUGCUCUGGUGUGUCAGCAGCAGCAGCAGCAGCUGCUGCUGCUGCUGCAACGCCUACGCCUCUACCACCUCCGUCUGUUUCUGGAGUUUCUCCAGAAGGAGUUUAUUUCAUUCCCGAUCCGCUUCCAGAAGGAGAAACGCCAGAGGGCUGUUUGAAGGGGAAGGAGCAGCAGCAACAGCAGCAGCAGCAGCUGCUGCUGCAGCAGCAGCAGCCAGAGCAGCAGCAGGAGGCGAGUGAAGGAGGUGUGGGGCCCAUGUGCUCUCCUGACGACAGCGCAGGCUGGGCGCAUCCGUCUUCAUACACGGCGAGUAUUGUCUUUACACCCGACCGCGGGAAGGCGAUGCCCAGAGACAGAGACGCAGAGACGGAGGCAAAGCAAGAAAAAGAAACGAAGCAAGAGACAGGCAGUAAACAAGAGACAGAAGAUAAACAAAAAACAGACGCACAACAGCAGAUAGAGAAGCAGCAAGAUAUAAAGAUGCAGCAGGAAACAGAAGAACCCGCUGCACAAGAUGAUGAUGCUGCUGCUGCUGUUGCUGCUCCUCGGCUGGAUGAGAGGCUGCACCACGCAUUGUCUGCAGCACAGCAAGAGAUAAGACAAAAGCUGGCAGCAGAACGCAGGACAAAGGCAGCCGGUCACCCGCAGCAGCAGCAGCAGCAACAGCAGCAGCACGAGCAGCAGCAGCAGGAUGAGGAAGGCUUGUGCCGCAGGGGGCGGGCUCCUUCAUACGAAGACCGCCGCCAGCAUUUUUUGAGUGAAUUUGCCUCUGAAUACUCAAUUAAGGCAGAGGAAACCGCAAUAAGAGAACUGCAGCGCCUCCAGGGGGAUAUCUACUUGGACUAUGCAGGUGAUGAAGCAAAAGAAGUACAAGAGAAGGAACAGAGAGAGAGAUUUAAGCAGAAAGAAAGAGAUGCAUAA